UUCAAGACAAACAGGAACACUCACAGAUUCACAUUGAGGUGGAGAGAAUCCCUGCAAAAAAGUAAAUUUGUCUAAUUUUUACAAUUAGAGGCAAACAUGAAUCCUACAAUCCAAUGCAUCGUUCUUCUGACCUGCAUCACCAUCUGCAACUCAGCAUUCAUUACCAAUCGCUGCAUGUGUUUAAAUAGACUCAAACGCAUAAGGCCCUCUCUCAUCAUGGAUGUCAUAGAUUAUAAACCUCAUGAAUACUGCAGCAACCAUGAAGUGAUAGUCAUCCUGAAAGAUGGAGAUAAGCUUUGUCUUGAUCCAAACUCAAAGUUUACCAAAGCUCUCCUGCAAGCAAAAAAACGGCUUGUUAAGAGCAGCACAACCCAAUCACCACAGUCUCUUCCAGAAAAGUCAGAACCACAAGCUUGGCUCACAUCGGAUCCCACUGCCAAUUGAGACUCAAAGCUCCGUGCCCAGUCAAGCUUAGGUGACUGAGUGCAGAGCGCUCUA